AUGCUUCCACGGGAUAGGCACACGAUCGAUCGGCUAGACAAGCCCAGCUCAUACACCACCAACAAGAGUAGAAAGCGAAAGCACCGCGACCGUGAAGGUGAUGAGCCCAAGGACAGGCCGUCCGAGCUUGAGGACAAACUCCGCGAUGCGACGACACUCUACGUAGGGAAUCUGUCAUUCUAUACAACAGAGGAGCAGAUCCACGAGCUCUUCGCAAAAUGCGGUGAGAUCAAGCGGCUGGUUAUGGGCCUCGAUCGAUUCCAGAAGACGCCGUGCGGGUUCUGCUUCGUCGAAUACUACAACCACCAAGACGCAUUAGACUGCAUGAAGUACAUCGGCGGGACGAAGCUCGAUGAACGCAUCAUCAGAACGGAUCUCGACGAAGGCUUCGUAGAAGGGCGACAGUACGGGCGUGGAAAGUCGGGUGGACAGGUCCGAGAUGAAUACCGAGAGGAAUAUGAUCCAGGACGCGGGGGCUACGGCAGGGCAAUCUCGGACACGAUGCAAGAGGGGUACAAGUGA